UUUAAAAGCACAGAACCAAAGCAAACCGAUGAAAGCUCUGGUAUCAAAGUUAUUGCUCCGGAUUGGUUCCGAUGCAGAAAUCUUUCAAUUUCAGUACUAGAUCUGUCUCCGAUUCCAUUCCGGCGAGUUGAAAUUCUACCGGAGUAGCGAAAUACGCGAUUUUUACGUCGUCUGGCGAGGGAUUUGGUUCGUUUUGGAGGUAAAUGGAAGGUUUUACUGCAGAAGAUCUGUCCACAAUCGGAGGAAUUGCGACGGUGUCGCUUCUGCAUUCCUUCAUUCCUACUCACUGGCUCCCUUUCUCCGUCGUCGGCCGCGUCCAGAAAUGGACUCUCUCCAGGACUCUCCUCGUCACUGCCUUUGGAGCAAUUUUGCAUGUCAUAUCUACUUCACUUCUUGGAAUAACAGCAAUCACAAUGGCUAAUACCAUUGCCGGUGAAGAAACUGUGCAUAAGCUGGCCUCACUUUUGCUUAUCAUUCUUGGAGGUUGUUAUGUUUUGUUGUUUAUGACUGGAAGAGGUAGUCACAGUCACACCCACAACCAACCAAUGGAGAAAAUGGCCGUUGCUGGUCUUGUCCUUGUACCCGCGUUGUCUCCCUGUGCAACCACUCUUCCAGUAUUUCUUGCUGUUGGAAAUUCAUCUUCCAUGAUGGUGCUUGCCAUCAUAGUGCUGCUGUUCAGCACAAUAACUGUGAUGACUUCGUUGGUAGCUCUGUCAUUCUACGGCGCCAGCCAGCUCAAGUUUCACUGGGUCGAACGAUACGACAAACUUCUAGUAGGUUCGGUGUUGUGCGUGAUCUUGUGGGAAAUUUCAAGACUGACUUCUGAAUCCUGUAUUAUAUGCAUCAAGUGGGUUUAAAGGUCAGUUUCUUGUUUGCCUUUGUUGCUAUUUUGUCACAUUUAAGAAUCUUUUCCAUGUAUGAUUAAUAGGAUAUCACAUCUUUUCCAUCACUUA